UAUAUGUACAACAUCGUCUUCGCAUUGGCCAUCAUCGUCCUCAGCAGCUAGUGACCUAGUAGUUAGUUUCCUCUAAUGGAGCUGACACACACACUGUCCAUGGCCUUCGCCUUCGCCUUGGUCAUCAUCGUCCUCCGCAGCUACGUGUUCUUCCGGUGUGGCAGCCGUAAGGCCUUAAACCUCCCGCCAGGCCCGCGAGGGUGGCCGGUGCUCGGCAGCCUAGGUGCCCUGGCCGGCGCGAUUCCGCCGCACCGCGCGCUGGCCGCACUCGCCGCGCGCCACGGCCCGCUCAUGCACCUCCGCCUAGGCUCCUACCACGCCGUCGUCGCAUCUUCUGCGGACACCGCCAGGCUCGUUCUCAAGACCCACGACCUCGUCUUCGCCGACCGGCCGCGCACCACCGCUGGCGAACAUGCCGCGUACGGCUACCGUGGCAUAGUGCACACACCCUACGGGGCGUACUGGCGCAUGGCACGCAGGCUCUGCGCCACCGAGCUCUUCUCUACGCGCCGCGUCGACUCCUACGAGUACAUCCGGACGCAGGAGCUCCGGGCGCUCAUGCGCGGCCUGUUCGAGCGAGCCGGCCGUGCUGUCGAAGUCAGAGAGCAUCUGGCGGACGCCGCGCUGCGGAACGUGCUGCGCAUGGCGGUCGGAGGGAAGUGGUCCGGCUGCUACGGCAGCGGUGACGGCGAGGCGUUCCGUCGUACGCUGGACGAGGCGUUCACGGUGACUGGCGCCGUAAGCAACGUAAGUGAGUGGGUGCCCUGGCUCGGAUGGCUCGACGUGCAGGGCUGUGUUAGGAGCAUGAAGCGGCUGAGCAAGGUGUAUGACCGGUUCCUCGAAAGGAUUCUCGACGACCACGACGAGGAGCGGCGACGGCAGCGUGAGGCUACGACAUACACCGCAGCAGCCAAGCCUGCGGCGGCGUCGAAGGACCUUGUCGACGUGCUGCUGCAGCUCUCUGAGGAGGAGGACGAGACGGUUGGGACAUCAGCGUCGGAAGCCAGGCUCACCCGCGACGGCGUAAAGGCGUUCAUCCAGGACAUCAUAGCAGGAGGCACGGAGAGCUCGGCGGUGACCAUGGAAUGGGCCCUAUCGGAGCUCCUCCGCAGGCCGGACGCCGCAGCUGCCGUCACCGAGGAGCUCGACCGUGUCGUGGGCCGCGGCCGAUGGGUCGAGGAGCGCGACCUGGAGCACCUCCCUUACAUCGACGCCGUGGUCAAGGAGACGAUGCGGCUGCACCCGGUGGGCCCUCUCCUCGUCCCGCACAUGGCCCGGGAGCACACGGUGGUCGCCGGCUACGACAUCCCCGCCGGCGCGCGCGUGCUAGUGAACGUGUGGGCCAUUGCGCGAGACCCGGCGUCGUGGCCCGACCGGCCCGACGAGUUCCGGCCGGAGCGGUUCAUCGGGAGCGCCGUGGACGUGCGCGGGCAGCACUUCGAACUGCUGCCGUUCGGCGCCGGGCGGCGUAUUUGCCCGGCGCACGGCCUGGCAAUGAAGGUUGUCGGCGCCGGUUUGGCGAACCUCUUGCACGGUUUCGCGUGGCGGCUGCCUGACGGGGUGUCGCCGGAGGACGUGAGCAUGGAGGAGCUCUUCGGGCUGUCCACGCGACGGAAGGUGCCGCUCGUUGCUCUCCCAGAGCCCAGACUGCCGGCGCACCUCUACGCAGCCGAUGACUGAUCGAUUGAGGCAAAGCAUGCAUGCAACUUCUCGAAGGUUCUAUUGAUAUGUGCCCUAGUUGCCACCCAAGUUACAAAUGUUCUACUGUACCAAUUUGUGCAACAAGCUGCACUACCGGUGGCAGUAUUGCCAGUAUUAGCAACCGCGUGUCA